GUGCAUAUUGCUGUGCUUGACACUGAUGUGCCUUGCUACCCUAUUUAUGCCAAGCGAGGUUUAUACAGCUCACAGUUUCGUCUACUUCUUCAGGCGGCUGCAGAACGAAUAAAUCAGAGCUCGCAGCCCUUGAAACACGGGAAGUUAGAUGUUCGCGUAACUGGAUUCGAUGUGAUCGGAGGAUCAUUGCCCUCAUUAGAAUGCCUUCGAAUGUCUAGCAGAGACUCCUACAUGGAUGCCCAAUCCGGACCAAUCGAUGCAGUAUUGGUCACCGGCGCCGCCGCAGCAGCAUAUGACGACCUGUUUUGGAUACCACCACUACAGUCCUUUCUUCAAACAGUACACGCCCAAUUCCCCCUCGUCAAGAUCUUCGGCUCGUGCUUUGGACACCAGCUCAUCGCCCAGGCCUUACUCGGGGGUGGUCAGCAGCCCUUGGGAGAGGAAUCCUAUGUGAGGGUCUGUGUGCAGCCAAUGCAGCAAGGCCAUGAAAUAGGGGUUCAGCCAAUCUCAUUGAACCCGGCAUUUACCUCGAGAUUUCUACCCUUUCAUCGCUUUUUGCCAAGCACCCCCUUCCGAAUCCAGCUCAUCCAUGGCGAUGAGGUGGUAUCCUACUCGCAAGUCGCUGCGGACGGACUAAAGCCGGAUGUUUCCCUUCCGGAACCCUGGAUCAAUGUUGGAAGCAGUGAACUCUGCUCCAUACAGGGUCUGUACCAACCCGGUCGCGUUCUCACUCUGCAGGGCCACUUUGAAUUUGAUGCAUUUGCCACGGCUGAGCUGUGUCGCCAGUUUGCUCGUACAUUCAAGUGGCCUUCGUCGCUGCUGGCGUCCCGUCUGGACCAAAUCCACCGGUCCUCCAGACCUGACAGGGAGGAUGAUGAUGAUUCUCCAGUGGCCGCUGAGGUAGUUCUCUUGUUCCUUGCGAGCGAGGAUUAG